CUCCUCAUGUGGAAACCUUCCCUGAGUGAAUCUCUGGAACCCUCCACCAGUGAAACAAUUACCUUCCAGAUAUUCUGCUCCACAGCUCGCAACAUUCAAGCUCCUGAGACCUGCUUCCUCUGUGCAACCUGUCCCAAUAAACAUCGGCAUCCUUCAGACACACUUCACUCAUGGUUCUCACCCUGCAUUCCCUCACUCGCUCCACUGGCUCUCAUCAUCUGCAGUCCAAGGUCUGCGACUGUAAGCUGAGACAUUUGUGAUGCCCUCACGCUGCCGGAGUUAUGCAGUCUGGGGGACAACGAGCUGGGGCCGUCAGGAGAGGAGCUGUGUCAAAGUUGUGCACAAAUAACCAUUUGAGCUUAAAAAGUCUGAACACAGCUCAUUCUUUCACUGACGCCAUCAGAUUCCUGAGCCACAACAGCUUUGAAGAGUUUCUGGAUCUUCUCCAGACCUCACAUUCUGUAAAUGUUAUCCAGAUACUAUAUCCUCAUCUUCUGACAGAUCAUCACUGAAAUUAAUAAAAGAUAACAACAUGGAUAUUGGUUUGAUCAGCGUAGGAUGCCCUACAGUCCGCCGAUUGAAAACUAAGAAACAGCCAUUUGGAACGCUGACCAGAGUGACUGUAGGAGAAAAAGAUGUGAAGAAGAUAAAUAAAACCAUAUUACUUGUUGGAGAAUCUGGGACAGGAAAAUCUGCUCUGAUCAAUGCUCUGGUUAAUUACACCAUGGGAGUGAGGUUUGAGGAUGAAGUCUGGUUUCAGGUUGUGGAGGAAGAGGAGAAUGGCCAAACAUCAGAUGUGAUUGUGUAUGACAUCUUUAAUUUUAAAGAUAAACCUCUGCCCUACUCUCUGACCAUCAUUGAUACUCCUGGAUGUGGAAGCCAUAGAGGGAUGGACCGUGAUGUGACUGUAAGUCAGAGACUGUUUGACUUAUUUCGAUCAGAAGAUGGAGUUCAUGAGAUCCAUGCAGUGGCAAUGGUGAUGAAGGCUACUGAGAAUCAGUUUAGUGAUUCUCUGAGUUACAUAUUUGAGUCAAUGAUCCCUCUUUUUGGGAAAGGCCUUCAAAACAUCACUGUGGCUCUGAUCACACACUCAGAUGGAACAAUACCUAAGGUUGCUCUUCAAGCCCUUAAAGAUGCAGAGACUCCAUGUGUAAAAGACAUGAACAGCCAGCCUAUUCACUUUACAUUCAAUAACUGUCAGAAUGAGUCUCGAACAGAGGAAACUAGCUUAGAUCUGGAAAAAGCAUGGAGAGUGACAGAGGCAGGGAUGAGUCAGUUCAUGUUUUUUCUUAAAAAGGCUUCACCUCAGCAGCUGCAGGUGAAGUUUGGGUUUAAGUCACAAAUCAGACUUGCAGCCACUAUCCAAAAUCUAGAGGAGAAAAUCAAGCUAAAUGAACUGAAGCAGAAAGAAAAUAGGCAGCUUCAAGAAGCUCUGAAGAAACUCAAACAGAAUAAAAAUGAAAACAUUAUCGAAGUAGACGAAGUCUGCAUUGAACAAGAAUCUAUUGGUGGUGAGAUGUCCUUCUUAAAAUCAGCUGUCUGCUGCACCGUCUGUAAGGAGAACUGCCACUAUCCAGGAUGUACGAUGGCCCUGAGCCCUGAAGAGUGUGAGGUCAUGCAUUAUAGCCACUGCACUGUUUGCACUGGUAAAUGUCCUGUAUCAACACAUGUUAAAGCCAACUGGAGGUAUGUGGCCAAGACAAAAAAGGUGCAGAAAACCAAAGAGGAAUAUAAAAAGAUGUAUAAGAAAGCAUCAAAAUAUAAGAUAAAGCUUCUUGAGAUUCUGGAAAAGGAUAUUGAAAGUCUAAAAUCAGAGAAGACACAAUUCAUAGAAAACUCCUUCAAAAAAGUUGUAAGCUUGGAUCAGACUGUGCUUAAAGUUUGCUCCAUUUCCACCAACAUAAGUUUGGACUUCCUGAUUGAGAAGAUGGAAGAAAAAGGAGACUCAGAGAAGCAACAGAAACUGCAGGAGGUGGACCAGCAGAUGGAUGAAGGGGUCAAAGCCUUGCUCAACUGCAACAACAACUCUCCACAAGAAAUCUUUCCCAGCAGAGACCUGAUUCGUUCUGGAUCCCCUGAAGUCUACCAGCUCAAAACAAAGAAAAAAAUCUUUGGAACCCUGACCAGCCUGACUGUAGGGACAAAAAACCGCAACAAGCCAAAUAAAACCAUCCUGCUUGUUGGUGAAACAGGAGCAGGGAAAUCUACUCUGAUAAACGCCAUGGUCAACUACGCCAUGGGAGUGACAUUUGAAGAUAAAGUCUGGUUUCAGAUAGUAGAAGAUGAGAACAGAAGUCAGACAGAAAGCCAGACAUCAGAUGUGAUUGUGUACCAGCUCUUUGGUUUUGAAGAUAAAACUCUGCCCUUCUCUCUGACCAUCAUUGAUACUCCUGGAUAUGGAGACACUAGAGGGAUUGAACUUGAUGUCAUUGUCAGUGAAAGAUUAUUUGAAUUGUUUCGAUCAGAAAAUGGUAUUCACGAACUUCAUGCGGUGGGUCUGGUGGUGAAGUCGAGCGUGAAUCGUCUGAGUGACCGACUGAAGUACAUCUUUGAUUCAGUGAUGUCUCUUUUUGGAAAAGACAUUGAGAAAAACAUAGUAGCUCUGGUCACUCACUCCAAUGGAAGAAGACCAAGGGACUUGCUUCAAGCUCUCAAUGCUGCCAAGAUUAAAUGUGCCAGAGAUGAGAAGGAGCAACCUGUUUACUUCCUUUUCAAUAACUGCCAACACGAAGAACGAAUAGAGGAAGAGCAUCAUAAAAAUGCUGAUAAAAUAGCAAUGGGAGGUCUGAGUGGCUUUACUGCCUUUCUGGAAAAAACUGCACCCCGAAAACUAGACAUGACUUUAGAUGUUCUCAAUGAACGGAUCAGAUUGUCCGCCUGCAUCCAGAACCUGCAGGAAAGAAUCCGUCUGUCUGAGCUGAAAGAGGCAGAAAUUAAACAGAUUAAAGAAGCUCUGGAGAUACAUGAAAAUAACAAAACUAAUGAGAAGGUCACUGUAGAAUUUGAUGAAACCUACAAAGGCAAAGAAGCCAUCGAAGGAGACAUUUGGCUGAUGAUUUUAGUAAAAGGGGCAGUAUGUUGUACGAUCUGUGAGGAGAACUGUCACUAUCCUGGAUGUUCAAGCUCUAGAAAGCCCGAGGACUGUGAGGUGAUGAAAGAUGGCCGGUGCACUGUGUGUACUUUAAAGUGUCCUGCAUCUGCUCAUGUGAAAGGGAAGUGGAGAUAUGUUAACAAGACAAAAAGGGUUCAGAGAAGCCUGGAUGAGAUUAAAAGAAAAUCAAAACAAGAAAAAGGUUUGAAUUUUUUGGGUAAUCUUGAGGAAGACUUGAAAAAGCUGAAGGCAGAAAAGUCGCAGCUGCUGGAAGAAGCUCUCCAACAUAUUGACAAUUUGGGGCAGAUUGCUUUGAAAGUUAAUUCAGUGUCCACAUUUGUCCCAUAUGACUUUUUGAUUGAAAAGCUGGAUGAAAGAGGAGAAGCCAAUAAAAUUCGGAAACUGGAGGAGAUGAAAAACAAAGAGGAAGAAGGAACCAGAACAAUCGUUCUGUCUAUGUGGGGUAAAUUGAAAGCAGCUACCAAAAAAAUUCAAAAGGGCUUCAAGUAGCAAAUCUGGUAUCAGCUAAAUGGGAUCCUUAAAGAGUGCAUCUUUGAAUUAAUGCACUUGUUGCUUGGAUGAAUGCCCGGGAUCAAUUUCUCAUUUCAUAUCAAUUGUUUGUCAUGUAAGCUGUGUUACAUACUUUUAAAUAGACUUCAGUUUAAACACAUGCAGGCACAUAAAACACAGGUCUACACAUUCCUAAUGUUAAAUUCUCAGUGCAAUACCACAAGAAAAUAAAAAAUGCCAAUGCCAUCAGAAUAACAACCACUGUUGACAUGAGGUACCAGCCAAUGCAAAGCAAGGUCGGGUUUCAGAAUUGAUCAUUUUCCAAUUUCCUUCCAUUGAACUAAAUCUUACCCUGUUCAUAAACCAAACAAAAGAUUUAUGUUAACAACAUAAAGGUAUC